ACGAAGCUCUGACUUUUUUCGGAUCGCCCUUGGCAUCGCACUGCCGCUUUGACGUCUUCUGUCCCCGCUCUCCUUCUUCUUCUCUCUCUUCUUCCUUUUUUCUUCUUCCUCCUCAUUCUCUUUUGUCGAUUUUUUUCUUCCCCAACUCGUGCGGGCUUUCGUCAUCGAUCCCCGUUCUGUCCACGUUCCUUUUUCUUUUGCGGUUUCGCGCGCGUUUUCGCCCUCGCAAAACCCCCCGUCGAUACGUUUUGGCUGUCUGCGAUUUCCCUUUGCGCUGCUGCAAAUAGGAACUCAUAGUGGUCGCUAUUCUCGUCAGCUUCAGGAGCUCGAGUGUCACGUUUUCUUGAUCCGUUUCAUUCUACCUGACUCUUUUUUUUUUGCGACGCUGCAAGCCCCUCCCUCCUUUUUUCCCCUCUUAUCUUCCCGCGAUCUGCGCAUCAUCUGCCUUCAACCUCCUUUCCUCCCACGCCGCUGCGCAAUCGAAACAAUUAAAGAGACGCUCCAACAAGAUCGAAUCGUCGAGAAUCAACAACAGAUACCGCAAUCAUGGGUGGCCAACUUUCCAAGGUUAUGAGCAAGAUCUUCGGAUCCAAGGAGAUGCGACUGCUGAUGCUGGGUCUCGAUGCUGCUGGUAAAACAACAAUCCUGUACAAGCUCAAGCUGGGCCAGGAUGUCACCACCAUUCCCACCGUCGGCUUCAACGUCGAGACCGUCACCUACAAGAACGUCAAGUUCAACGUCUGGGAUGUUGGUGGCCAGGACAAGAUCCGUCCUCUGUGGAGGCACUAUUUCAGCG